AUGGGAAAUUCUAUUAUUAUUAACAACGGAUUCGUACAGAUCCUGACCCUUCGCAUCCAGUCACCUAUUGAUUCCCCUAGUCCUGUCACUCUGGAUCAUGAUGACAAUACCCCUUCAGAUCCUCGUUCGCAGUAUCACCCAACACGAACUGUUUCCGGCCAACCUUUGAGAAACGAGUUCGGUGAUUUAGAUGUUGAUGACGGUAGGACAGUGUUGAAAUGGGCUGUUGGUCUAAGCAAGUUCUUUGAUCACUAUCGGGGAAUUAAGGAUUUCGUCUUGGACAAGGAAACUGGAGAUGGUAGGAUUAGUAGAAGUCUUGCCCCUAACCCAGAAAUUUAUGCAGGUAAUUUGUGUGAUGAUCUAGCAUUAAUUCUUCAGGAGCAGAAGAUGCCUAAGGGGAAAAUUGCAACGAAGCAAACUGAGUUGGAACUCAGUGAGAUCUGGGAUUACCUUCGCAAAUACCCGUUCCUUAAUCUCGAAGAAAUUAUGGAGGAAAUUCUUGUUGACUUAGUUAAGACGAUAUUCAAGUCUGAAAGUGUUGGUGCUUUUACUCACGAGAUGCAAAGCUUCGAGACAAAAUUAGACAAUCCAGUUCAUAACUUCAUUAAUAAAUUAGGAGGAUUGUUGUAG